ACUUGUGUUGCAGGUUCGCCACGGACUAGCUAGCAUGGGUAGCUAGCUACUUCCAUUCUUCGUCUGUCUCUCUCCUCGGACUCUCGCGCGCACUUCAAUUUAGGGCAGCGUUUCAUCUAUAUAUAUAAUCUCGGACAUGUAGCUAGCUGCCGAAGGAGACGUGCAUGCAGAGUUAGGACAGAGGUAGCUGAGAAUCCUGAUGUACUAUGUGGUUUUGAGCGUGUCAUCCACACUAAGAGAGAAUGUAAAAAUGUCGCCAUGAGCUCGCACAGCUAGCCAAGAGGACAAGACACUCAAUUGUUCAUCAUUUUAGUUCGCCAAUUGCUUAGGAUUGUAACUCUGUUUCCGAGCCUCUUCAUGGAAAAGGAAUUGAUGCUUCGGCGGGGGCAAGGGCCGUUGAAGGGAACCUCUGAACCAAAUGCUCCAGGUGAAACAGCUGUUCGAAAGGUGGAGAAAAUAGAAUUCCAGAAUCUCAUAAAUAGGCCGAGUGUGUACUCGCCAGGACUGCCACGGAAGGACGGGGAAUUCUCUCUGCCAAUGCAUCCAAGUUAUCCCCGACGGGUAUCCGUCGAUGACUUGGAUGCACGGGCAGCCAGGUUCAUUGCUGAAAAGAGACGGUUGUUCCAUUUGAUCGGAAACCGUCCUGGGAACUACAGCAACAACGAGCAGUUACCGGGUGGGGAUUGGCAGUUACCACCGGCUGUUCCGUUUGACGAUCCUUAUGAGCAGUUACCCGCUACUCUGUUUGACAUUCCUUCCGAGCGUAGCCCCAUCGAGCGGCCUCGAGCGUGGAAGAACUUCCACGCGGUUACUGUCAAAGAGGCUGUGCAAUGCAUAACUCCUUAUUUAGAGGAUACAAGCCAACCAAGUCAGCACAUCUACUUCGAUGGAUGGAGAGGGCUUGGUGCAUCUGCAGUCCUUACAUCUAUAGCCGAAGAGCCCCCGCCAUCUGUGAGACACAAAUUCGAUAAAAUCAUCCAUAUUGAUAGCUCUAGGUGGAAAAAUCGGAGAGAACUCCAGAGGAAAAUUGCACAGAAACUAGGGCUUCCUCAGCAUGUAAUGAACAUUCUAGAUAAACAAGAUGAAGAGGACGAUUUCAGCGGGGCAGAUGAAGGCUCAAGGAUUGAGAUAGUAGCAGUCGGGAGAGAGAUUCAUCAAGCCCUGCAAGGACAGAGUUGUCUAGUAGUUUUCCAUAAUGGGAGCACUAACAUGGUUGACUUGAAUGAUUUUGGCAUUCCUCAACCUGCAGAUCGAUGGGCAAACUUUGUUCGGAAGGUAUUGUGGACUUUCCGUGGAAGGCUUCAUGCCAUCCCAGGAAUGAAGCUAGCAGCUGAUCCAACACGUGCUCCUUCAACUUCAAAUGCAGAAUCAGCCAAGCCUAGUAAUGGUAAUCAAACACGGACAGAUCAGAAACAGCUCUCAAGGGAAAAUGUUCCAGCGACAGAGGGAGUAAAUGUAGACAACUCACAAGUUUAUCUUUAUUCAUUUCUUGAGGAUAGUGAAAGUGAACAGUGGAAUGGACUAGCACAUGAUGAAGCUGCAGAAAUAGCUAAAUACAGUCGUAAGCUUGGUGUCACCUUAGAAACAGCUGCAUUGUGUUGCAAGUACAUGUUGUUACUGAAUUCCAGGGGUGUCGACACACUAGACUUCAACUGGGCCACCCAUGCCUCCAACUAUUGGGUUUGCGAUGGAAUUAUACAAGAAUACCAGCAGGACAAAGCAUGGGAGGUAGCCACUGCUUUGCUCCAAGAAAUGAAACUAGAGGAAUUCUCAUCUUAUAAAUUGCCCGAAUUUGGUGAUAAGACACGCUGGGUUGUAGCCACCGAUCCUUAUAGAGUUGAAGAAAUUAAGCCAGAGACAACAUCAUUUUUCUUUGCCAACAAUAGGGGACGGGGGGUAGCAUCAUUACCCACUAAAAUAUUCCAGAGAUCUGCUGAGCAGCUUCAUGUACUGAAACUUUGCCUCUGUACUUUCAGCUUUUCUUCACCGCCUUUCCUUCAUUGUCAGAAGAUAAGAUUUCUUGGACUGGAUAAGUGCAAGGAUCAGCCAAAGAAACUAGAAGGAAAGGAGGAAGAUGACAGACGAAAAAAUAAUUUCUUCCAGAGUCUAUGGGUGCUUGACAUAUGUGACACAGAUUGGGAACUGGACUUAUCCCCGAAUAUAAUUGAGAGUAUGCUUCAAAACAUUAGGGAGAUACAUAUAAAGAGGGCAAGAAUCUGGAGCAAUAGUAAUGCAUGGACAUGGAGACAUGUACACAAUAUUCACAAGCUUCGAGUGAUUGAACCUACAUUGCAUUGGAAAGACGAAGGUAAGGAAGAAGAGAUGAAGGAUGAAUUCAUGAAUAUGUCCAAGCUAGAGCUCCUUGAUUUGUCAGGGAAUAGCACAAUAAAAGUUUUGCCAAGAUUAUCAGGUGCAACUAGCCUCAGCACUCUGGUUCUAGAUGGCUGUAUUGGGUUGACAACAGUUGCCCCUGAAGAGCUGCCACCAUCCCUGGAAACAUUUAGCUUUGAUGCAGGGGAAGGAAAGCAAUACAACAAGAAAGCUAAGAUCUCUCGCAUCUCCAUGGCUGGUUGUGCAAGGCUGGAGAACUUCAGAUUGCGUGGAUCUCUUCCGAAUCUUGAGGAGCUGGACCUUUCCAACACAUCGGUCAAAACACUUGACCUGAAAGAUGAGGUGGUGCAGGUCCCAUUCCUGCAACGACUCAUUUUGUUGGGAUGUGAGCAAAUCCGUGCUAUACUUUGGCCAAAGGCUGGAAUGCCCAAACUAGUGGUGCUGCGCAUUGACACUCGAGGAGGCACAGAAGAAGCUAGAUCAGAAACACCUCAUGAUGCUGAUUACUCUUUGGUCAUCAGCAAGGAACAUGAAGAGAUGUGCCUUGCACAUGUUGCUGUUACGGACAUGAGGUUGCUUCAGUCGUUGCUGCUUGCAGGUAGCAACAAGUUUUGCUGGAACACAACUACAUUUAAUCUGAUUCUGUACUUGUCUUCUUCUAGCAAAAAUGAUGAUGGGCAAAACAACAGGAAGGAGAAAAUUGGCCUCCCAUCGGUUGCAUCACAUCUGCACAAGUCCCCAGUUCUCAAGAGUCACCAGAUCUAUAGUGAUAUCAACACUAAUGAGGCAACUGGCAAUCAUAGUGCGCCGCAGUUUCAACUACUAGACUUUCAUGUAGAGAUUGUUGAGGAAAUAAGCAGUGAUAAUGUGGUCACCGAACAAGCAAUCAGGGCUGUGAGGUUUGUUCUUAGUAAGGUCAACUCAUUGCAUGUGCACGACAACUUUUCCAUCAACACUGUUAUUCCCGAAAGCAUGGUCACCCGUGAAAGUUGGUCCAAUCUCAAGUUCUGCUCCAUCGAAAGAUGCCCUGAUUUGAACAUUGUGUUCACCACUGACGAUGUGUUCUGCUUCCCUGAACUAGAGACAUUUUUGGGGGCUCAUCUUUUGACUGCACGCUGUAUCUGGAGCAAAGGAUGGCUAGCCCUUCCAUAUUCUGGAAAACUUCGGGCUAUAAAUCUGCACUUGUGCCCUAGGCUCACAUUUGUCCUCCCGUUAUCAUGGUCCCAAACCUUGUCAUCACUAGAGACCCUUCGCAUCAUCUACUGUGGUGACCUCAAUCAGGUCUUCCCCGUGGAAGCAGAGUUUCUGAAGGAAUCAUCUACUGGCCAUCCAAGACAUGAACUGGAACUUCCAAACCUGAAGCACAUACACCUGCAUGAGCUCCCCAAGCUUCAUCAGAUAUGCGAGGUCAAGAUGUUCACUCCCAAGCUCCAGACCAUCUGGGUGAGGGGAUGCUGGAGCCUCAAGCGCAUCCCAGCCACCACAGACCGCCCGGACAGCCACCCUGUUGUGGACUGCGAGAAGGACUGGUGGAACAAGCUGGAGUGGGAUGGAAAGAAGGCUCGCCAUCAUCCCUCCCUCUUCGAGCUGCGCCACUCCAAGUACUAUAAGAAGACCCUGCUGAGAUGCUCGGUUCUCCGGUGAGCCUCGCCGACCUGAUGACGUACUAGCUACUCCAAUCAAUGCACCUCCAGGUUUCCUGGUGGAUACAUCACGGUGAUGUCUCAGUUGCUACCUACGUCGUGCUUUAUCUCCCUUGUUUUGCCACGCAUGUCUUCUGUGUGUUUUCUCAAGAAUAAAUUGGUGGUUGAUGCUGGUUGCAUCGUAUCCACCAAGUUGCAUUGGGUGUUGAUGCUAUGUUGGACCAUGUCCAUGAAGCACGCGGCUUGUUUGCUUGGUGUUGUUUGUGAAUUUAUUUUGUGUGUAUGCUUGAAAUAAGAGGGAGGGUGUCAUGUGGCUUGGUGCAUCUGUACCAUAUAUAGUCAUAAAUAAUAUGACACUCAUGGUGUGCGAGUGUUUGAACGGAACAACAUUAAGACAGUUUGUAUGCGUGAUGGAUUGACUCAGAAGCAUGCUAAUGCUGCAUAUAUAUUUUCUAAUG